GAGCGUUUGACGCUGCACGUGCGGCAGUGCCAGCGGCACGUGCGGGUGCACGUGCUGCGGCAGGGAGUUGUGGGGACAGAAGUUGUCGGGGAAGCAGCAAUUCGAGUGAAAGCAGAUUUAAUUGAUUUGGGAUUUCCCAAAAGACAAAGUUACGCACUCCUGCACGAGGGCAAGGUCGCAUGCAAAGCCAUCGUGAGGCGCCCACGCAGCAGCAGCAGCAGCAGCACUGCAGCAGCAGCAGCAACAGCACAGCAGCAGCAGCAGCAGCAGCAGCAGCAGCAGCAGCAGCAGCAGCACAGCAGCAGCAGCAGUAGCAGUAGCAGCGGAGAAGGCGCCACUGCACGGAGACAGUCUGCUCCGAUGGGGAGGGGCCGCUUCUGCUGGGGCGGCACGGGUGUAGAGUUUAGCGUCUGGGCGUUUAGGCUCUCGUUUCACCGGCUGGACACUUCGCACGUGAGUCUGGGGGAGUUCCAGAUGUCGCCGCUGAUCCACCAGGCGCUGCUGCAUGCGCAGUACGAGGCGGAGAGUCGCGGAGAACACUUGAAGUUGGAUAUUGCAAACAUGAGUGAACUUCAAAGACUUCGUUUUUUCGCCAAAGUCCUCGAGGGGCCCCUCAAGCUCAUGACCGGCCUGGGGGCCUCCUGGGCCCCCCUCUACUUCAAAGCCACCGAACGCCGCAGCGGCAAGUGGGAGUGGCAGUACUGGAACUCCAAGGAGGAGUGCCUCGCCGGGGAGAAGAAGAAGGGGGGCUAUUCGUUUUUGGCGAUAAGUCUGGUGCUGCCGGACAAGUACGACCGAAACACUUUUUACGUGAGGUACCACAACCAGCAAGGAGUUCAAGAUUUGUUUUUCCGGAGAGUGGACCGGGACCGGAACUUGUGGUCCAAUGGUCUUUACGAGUUCAUUGAAAAGCUGCGGGAGUAUUUGGAGAAGUCCCCGGAGCUGCCGGCAGCAGAGGCGUACUUGGAGAAGAAGCGGCAGCUGGAGGCCGGCAGCAGCGGCGAGAAGCAGCGCAGCAGCAGCAGCAAGGCGGGGCGCGCAGCCCGCAGCAGCAGCAGCAGCAGCAGAAGCAAAACGCAAGACCUCUCCGACAUCAAACGCAUCGCCAGCCCCAGACAAACAGCAGCAACUGAACAGGAGAGGCCUCGAGUUGCUGCUCUUAAACGCAGAAUGGUUGAGGGCCUAAUGGCGGAGUCUUUCACGGAUGACAGCAACGACGAAGACCCCGACUCGCCCCCUGCAGCAGCAGCAGCAGCAGCAGCAGCAGCAGCAGCGGCAGCGGGGGAGGGGGGCGCAGCAGCGCAGGACACCGCCGCCACACCCACGCUCAACGAACAGCCAACCAAAAGCUUCAGCUCCCAAGACUGA